AUGCCUGGAAUGCAGAAUAAGAAACGGCGUUACGACAACAAGUCACACCGCCCAACCAAGAAGCAGCGAAAAGCACAAGCAUACAACAGCGACUCAGAAAACGAAGAGGAACAGACCUUUGACGCGGUUAACCUGCUGGAUUCCGAUGACGAUAUUCACAAUGCGCCCGCGGACGAUGUCGCUGAAGCCGAAGAGAAUGAUUCCUCGAGCUCCGAUGAAGAGGCGCCCGUCGUAAAGAAGACCAAUGCCAAGAAGUCAAAGCCAAAGUCAAAACAGCCAGAGCCGGAAGCUGAACAGCAGGAGGAGGACGAUGAAGAAGAAGAAGAGCAGAGCGGAUCAGAUGACGAUGAUGAUGACGACGACAUGGACCUCGACGUGGGCGCAGCAAAGACGAAGUCAAAACGUAAUGACCCCACUGCAUUCGCAACGUCGCUUUCAAAGAUUCUAUCAACCAAGCUUUCUACAUCAAAACGGUCCGAUCCCGUUCUGUCUCGAAGCGCCGCCGCGCAUGAAGCUUCAAAGGUCGCCGUGGAUCUCGCGCUCGAGGCCAAGGCCCGGCGGAAGCUGAAAGAGCAAAAGAGAGUCGCAUUGGAAAAGGGCCGCAUCAAGGACAUUCUGGUGGCGACGGUGGACGAGUCGGGUGAGCCGGAGAUGACCACUUCGGAGAUCUUGGCGAUUGAAAAGAGCUUGCGCAAGACGGCACAAAGAGGUGUGAUUCGCAUGUUCAAUGCCGUAAGAGCCUCUCAGGUACAGGCGGCCGAGGCGGAGAGGGCAGUGAGAAAGGAGGGCGUCAUUGGUCAUAAGACCAGGGAGGAAAAGGUCAACGAAAUGAGUAAGAAGGGCUUUUUGGAUUUGAUUGCUUCAGGAGGAGGCGGCUUGAAAAAGACUCCGUUGGAAGAGGCGUAG